AUGCCGCAUAUAUUUGACUCUGUCUCCGACGACGAGAUCCGCACCACGGCGCGGGUCGUGAAGGCACUGCACGGGGACGCCAAGAUCCAGUUUUCCCAGAUCGACCGACUGGACCCCCCGAAGCAGCUUGCGUUGGAGUACCUCGCGGCCGAGCGGCAGGGCAGUGCGCUGCCCGAGGUGCCGCGCCGGACGUACUGCUACUACUACAGGAACCAGACGGUUCCGUUGCGCACGGCUGUGGUGGACGUUGCGGUGGGCGCGGUCCUGUCCGACGAGGCCGCGCCGAAAGGCGUGGUGGGGCCGAUGUGUCCUGAGGGCAUGCAGGCGGCCGAGAGCGCCGUCCUGGCGCACCCGGUGGUGCAGCAGGAGAUCGCGCUCCUGGGGCUCGACAAGCUGCACUACGACCAUCCGCGGCUAGGGCGCCUGCGGUACAAGGUGACGUGCGAUACCUGGAUGUACGGCCGCGACACGCCCGGCGCGGGGCCGCCGCUGGUUCAGGCGUAUAUGUACGUGCAGUUGGACCACCCGGAUGCGAACCACUACUCGAUGCCGCUGCGCUUCUCGCCUGUGUUCGAGUAUCUGACACACAAGUUCGUGCGUAUCGACUACCUGCCCACCGGCGCGGACGCGGCGACGCUGCAGAAGACGCUGCCCUUCAAGCAGGUCAAGUCGCUGGAGUACCACCCGAACCUGCUGGACGACGCAACGCCCCGCGCGGGCCUAAAGCCUCUGCAGAUCUCGCAGCCUUCUGGUGUGUCGUUCGCCGUGGAGGGCUCGCGCGUGACCUGGCAGGGCUGGGACUUCCGCGUAGCCACGAAUGUGCGUGAGGGCUUCGCGCUGUACGAUGUGCACUUCAAGGGCCGGUCGCUGUUCUACCGCAUCUCGCUCAACGAGAUGACCGUGCCCUACGGGGACGGGCGGCCGCCAUUCCACCGCAAACAGGCGUUCGAUCUCGGCGACUGCGGGUUCGGCGCGACUGCGGGCUCGUUGGGGCUGGGCUGCCAUUGCGUGGGGGUCGUGAAGUACCUGGACACGCGGCGCACGGACCUGGACGGCAACCCAGUGCUGGUUCCGUCGUCCGUGUGUAUGCACGAGCAGGACUACGGCAUCCUGCACCUACACCGCAACUUCCGCAACAACAGCGAGGUGGUGACGCGCCGCCGGGAGUUCGUCGUCCAGUGCGUGGCCACGGUGGCUAACUACGAGUACAUCCUGAACUAUGUGUUUGACCAGGCCGGCGCCAUCACGGUGCAAGUCCGCGCAACGGGCAUCCUGUCCACCGUGCCGGUGGACGACGACGUGAACACCGACUUCUCGACCAUCGUGGGGCCCGGCGUCACGGCCCCGUUCCACCAGCACCUGCUAUCCUUCCGCUUCGACACCCGCCUUGACGGCGACGAGAACACGGUGGUGUAUGAUGACUACGUUGCGGACGCGCCCGGCGGCGACAUGAACCGCUACAACGUUGCCUUCCGCCAGAAGCGCACCGUCCUGGACCGCUCGGGCUACAUUGAGCAGUCGCCGUUCACCAACCGUGCCUUCAAGGUGAUCAACGAGAAGUCGAUCAACCCCGUGACGCGGCGCCCGGUGGCCUAUAAGUUCGACAUGCCUGCGCGGCAAAUGCUCAUCGCGCUGCCUGACUCGUUCAACGCGCGGCGCGCCAAAUACUCCACGCAGCAGUUUUGGGUCUGUCGCCACGCCGACGACCGCCGCUACGCGGCGGGCGAGUUCACAAACCAGUCUGAGCGGGACUCCGGUCUCAGCGUGUGGGCGGACGGCUCUGAGAGCGUCCGCAACACGGACAUCGUAGUGUGGCCCACGCUCGCUCUGACGCACGCCCCCGUGACAGAGCAGUUUCCAGUGAUGGCGUCCGACUUCAUGCAGUUCCUGGUCACGCCGGCGUCCUUCUUCACCGAGAACCCGGCGCUUGACAUCCCGAUGGCCAACAACGCUUUCCAUGGCUCCGCCUACUACGAGGACAACCACGCCGCGGCCGGCCAGGACGCUGCGGCCUGCUGCAAGGGCAAUUUGUAG